CGAGGUAGGAAGUGGGAAACGGGGACGGAGCACAAGGUCUGGCUGCCGGCGGAGGCGUUCUCAGACUGGCACAAUGUCUCCAGAGGAACUCGUCUACCUCGCAGUUCUUGCUGCGUCCAUUCCUGUUGGGUUCCUGUUCCGCUAUCUGAGUCCUUCACUCAAGCAGGGGGUAUCGCUGCUCCUGGGCUUAAUCAUCACCAUAGCAACUUGCAGAAUUCACACUCUGCACUCCUUCUUUACUGUACUAGGAACAUGGCUUAUCGUCAAGUAUAGCUGGAGAAAUGCUCCAUUUCUUUCGCUGGCAUGGACCUUUCUCUAUCUCUUGUUCUUCCGAUUAUCUACUUGGUUUGGUCUGUCAUCUCCAGGACCGUUUGCCAAUGCGAUCCAACUUCUUCUCACACUCAAGAUGGUCAGUUUGGCCAACGAGGUUCACAGUUUCCACCUUAUGAAAAAAGAGGAUGUGAGGUCAUUCUCCAAGUCUCCUCUGAUUGGUGGACUUUCUCAGGAGCCUUCGCUCUAUGACACAAUUUCCUACAGUUACUGUUACAUUGGGAUAAUGACAGGCCCUUUUUUUCGGUACCAGACAUAUUUUGAUUGGCUUCAGCAACCCUGCCCCCAGUCUCUCCCUGGUCGUGUCCCUCUCCUGCAGCGCCUGCAGUUUGUACCCAUGUAUGGAGUCCUCUUCCUGGUCAUCAAUUCCUUCUUUCCCCUGGCUUAUGUAAGGACAGAAGAGUUCCUAGAACAUCACCUUUUGUUUAGGUUGUUCUACAUGACGGCAGUAUUCUUCGUGUUCAGAAUGAGGUUUUAUGCAGCCUGGUGUGGAGCAGAAGCGAGCUGCAUCAGUGCAGGACUGGGCUGCUAUCCAGAGGGGGCUCUGUCCAAGCCAGGAGGGGGACCCACUGUGAAGUACAGCACUGCUCCUGACUCCUCAGACACCUAUGAUUUCAAAACCAUCCAGAACAUUGACUGCUACAACACAGACUUCUGUGUCAAAGUGAGGCAUGGAAUGAAAUACUGGAACAUGACUGUGCAGUGGUGGUUACAUCAUUACAUCUAUGCCAACGCACCUUUCAAAGCGUAUACAUUCAAGGCUGCAUGGACCAUGUUUAUCAGUGCAUACUGGCAUGGUCUGCAUGCUGGAUACUACCUCUCCUUCCUCACCAUUCCUUUGUGUAUGGGGGCAGAAUCUGCCCUUGAGAGUGCUGUAAGGACCAAACUGGGGCCCAAGGGUCAAAGCAUCUUUGACUGGAUCCACUGGUUCCUUAAGAUGAGAGCCUAUGACUAUAUGUGCAUGGGUUUUGUCCUACUCAGCUUCAGGGAUACUGUCAAUUACUGGACCUCCAUUUACUUUUGUAUUCAUGUCAUAGCAUUAGCGUGUAUAGGGCUCGGCAAAGCCUUGAAAGGAAAAGGUGAAAAAAGAGAGAGAAAGUCCGAUAAAGAGAAGGAGGAAAACAACCAGAAAAUAAAGGCAGAGAAUUAGGUGGAAGGGAAAACAUUUGCCAAACUGCAAUUCCAGGUAUUUGGAUUUGUACUCAGAACCAUGCAUGUUGGGAAUUUUACUGUUUGUUCGCAUUAGAGAUUUAAAAACAUGCAGAUUGUAUGUGCAUAUGCAUACGAGUCUCAGUAUUUCUUUGAGGUCUGCUACAUGUUUUACACACAAAUGAAUGUCAUUUAUAUUAUGUGACUGAACUGUAAAGGCUUAACUCAGUGGUUUCAGUCCUGGUCCAAAAUCCCCACUGUUUGUAUUGUUUUUAACCAGUCUUGUCAUUAAUUAAAUGAGAUAUUGAGCUUUUCAUUCAAUGUCAGCUUGAAUGCUUUAGUUGAGGAUCACUGUAAUAUUACAGUCACCUUAAAUUCAUGUUGAGACAUACCUGUUUUAGUCAAGAUAUUCAGAAAUCAUUGUAUGUGCAAAAGGCAUUCUUAAUUUAAUACAGAACAAAGCAAGACUGAACUUUGACUAAUCAGUCUAAAUACUGUAGUUUAAUUAAAGCCUAAGAAUGAUGUAGUACAGCACCCAUCCAUCUAUUAUGAAUAACCACUCUUCCAGUCUAGUGUCAUGGUGGUCUUGAGCCUAUCCUAGAAACAUAGGGCAUGAGCCAUGGUUCUCUCUGGCCAGGAUACCAGUCUUUGGACUACUUAUUAAUUCUGACUGUUGUGUUAAAUUAAGUUUCAAUCACUUUUUUGGGAUGGCUUAAAAACUAAAUUUACAUAUUAAUCAUUACAUCUGUUUCACUCAUAUACACCUUUUGUGUAAUAUGACGUAUAGUGAGUGUCUGUUUAAUAUGAUUUUAAUAGUACAGUUCUUUACAUCUCAGAAAAGCUAAUCGGUUACAGAAAAAAAAUCCAGCAUACUCAGUGGGGUUCUUAGUCAAGUAAUAAAAAUAAUGUUUUGAAUGGUUAAAUUUCACAUGACUUUGUUAAAUGCAGCAUGCAUAUUGGAGUUUUACCAGAAAUUUAAUGUUUCUGUAUUUCUUUUUUGUAGAACCAUAGCAUAGAAAUGGAUUUCUGUGAACUGGGCUGAACAAUAGUCUCAAAUUAGGCUCUUUCAGCUCACAACUUUGCGUUCCACUUUGUGUUAGGAAGAUUUAACAGGGCAACGUUUUAUUUAGUAGUUUUGUGUAUGCGUUUUUUAUGGGUUGUGUUUUUAUAUUAGUGCCACUACAUGCUGGUCCAGUCCUCACCCAAGUUAUUACCCUUGUUAUCUGUGUUCAGCCUCUAGCUGACUUCUGGCCAGGUUAUUACUGCGUCAUCAUUGUUGUUCAUCUUUAGUAUCCACUGGGCCAGUUAGUGCUAGGCAUUGAUAAUGUACUCCUGGUUUCUUACAACAGUACAAUGUCACAUUUUGUUGUUCAUGCUUUCAUGUAAUUGCAAACUGCCAUUUUGAAGUAUUUCUGGUUUUGUGUCAAAGACUGAUGGGUGUAAAAUAUGGACCUACUACUGUUUUCUAAAAUGGUACAUUUUUUGUAUUUGCACAGUGUUCUGGGAUUGUCUAACUUUUUUAAAAGGCUGCUUUAGCUCUUAAGACAUCAGCCUUUCACUGAUGCUUUUGGAGUUUUCAGUAGUUGCCACAUGUGUGCUCUCAUUCUGUGUCUUCACUGCCAGACUUUGACUGCCACUUAACAAGGACCUUCAAGGUUUUGGACCAACACGUGCAGUUAAAUAGAAACACCACUGAUUAAAACUAGUUACACAGAGGCACUUCAGUUCACUUGUACUGCAAAAAUGAAAUUGACAAAUGGAUGAUAAAAUUAUAAAUAAAAAACAAAAACCAUAGUUUUCACAUUUUUUUUAUACCUUUUUUUAAAUAACUUGUUUAAUAUGGUUUUCACCUUUGCCUCAUAAUGCUUAGGUUGAGGGGUUCUAAACUCACAGUCCCACAAAGUGCUGUGGCUAAAACUGCUGUCACUUGUGAAAGAACUUGUCAUAUUUGUGUUACUCUUUUAUAGCUUAGUAAUAUUCUUUUAAUUUAUGUUCCUUUUAAGGUACAACUAUGUGCCAUAUGAUUUGUUCAUUCUGCUCAUUGAUAUUUCUGUAGUAAUGCUUUGUUCAAUCCUUUUAUUGCCAUAAUUAUUGUAACUGUCCUGGGAUGUAAUUUGAAUGCAGUGUUAUGCUGAAAAUAUAUUUCAGAUU